AUGGUGAGGACCAAGCAGACAGCGGCGAAGAGCACGGGAGGUACGCGUCCGUGGAAGCAGCUCGCUCUGAAAGCUGCACGCGUCUCCAGCUGCCGCCAUUUAAUGUUCGAGCUCUCAUCUCGAACAGAUGUAACCAAGGUUUCCAAGACGGGCUCCAUAUUCCACAUUUGGGUGGCCAGCGGGCAUCGCCGUUACGCCGAAACAGAACAAGAGUUCAAAAGCCUUCUAGGAGAUCUUAUUACCGCCCUGCUCCACCGCAAGCAAGGUUAA